AUGUCUCACCACUUGGUGAGCAACGUCCCAGAGGCCUAUGAGCAAAGACUGACUCUUCUUCAGAACCACAACGCCAUCCGAAGAGGUCGAAGGCGUCGGGCACGCAGACAGUCGUCUCAUCCAUACAAUGAGCGGCGUCCCAGGACGAACGGCGUGGACGCAGACGCCACCAACACUCGGCCUGGAGUCGAUUAUCAGUCCAAUUCAUCGUCAGCUCCAGAAUUGACAGGUCCAACAUCAAACCUGAGCCUACCCUGGUCCAGUGAGGUCGAUGUGAACCACAACUACAUGCCCUUUGAGCACAUGUUCAUCAACGGACACCUCGACGUCGGAGGGGCAACCCGCCACCAUGAACUCAUCAACCAUGGCCAAGUCGACGCUCCGCUUCAGCCUCUACCCGAAACCCUUGGCCCGUUCGACGAACCGCAAACCCCAUUCCACGAACACCUCACCCCAUCCGACGAACACCUAACCCCAUUGGAACAGGCCCUCUGGAGCUUCAACCACAAGGCCAUGAACGUCGAGCCCACCCAAGGAGCCUACACAGCCCCCGCUGACGACUGGAUCCAGCACGUGGUCCAGCAGCAGCCAGAGCAACAUCACGGUCUCGGUGUGUGGAGCGCACAGCCGAGAUCCGCUUCGCCCUUCCGUCUCGUUGGCGAGCCGGUUGCGCAGGAUCAACAGGAGUUUGAGUUUGAGCUUGAAUUUGACUUCGAGCAUGCAGUUGAGAUUGAGGUCAAGCUUGAGGCUGAGGGCGGUGCGGUUGAGCCUGGUCAAAGCCACGCGGGCCCAGGGCUAACUGCGAUCGAAAGGGGUAAUGGCAAUCUGCAUGAAUAG